UUUUAGAGCAACCCAAAUCAUUCACAUUCUAAGGCAUUCAAAAUACUACGGAAACUUAAAACUAUUCUCUUCUCAAAUCAAUACUACAAUUUCUCUUCUCAAAUCAAUACUACAAUGGGUUUUCGCUUACCUGGUAUCAGAAAGUCAUUAUUUGCAGCAAAUCAAGCAUCUUCAAAAGCGGUGGAUGCACCAAAGGGCUAUCUUGCAGUCUAUGUUGGAGAUAAAAUGAAGCGGUUUGUGAUUCCUGUUUCAUACUUGAACCAACCUUUAUUCCAGGACUUGUUGAGUGAAGCUGAGGAAGAGUUUGGCUAUGAUCAUCCCAUGGGUGGCCUCACAAUUCCUUGCAGUGAAGAUACCUUCCAACAUAUAACUUCUUUCUUGAACAGACCAUAAUUCUCAUACUUUAGGAGUACUGACAUAGCUUAGAGGAGACAUUUUGUACAAUAGGCGUGUUCUGAAAAUGUAUAGAUCCCCCUUUGUCACGAGAGAUGGAAAAAUCAUAAUAUAUUAGUUUUUUUGUUUAGUUACAAUGAUUUCAACAA